CGCGCGCUUGGCGCGGGGUGUUCUGGGUAGAGUACAAGGGAGGGAGGAAGGCACCGGGGGGGCUGUGGCGCACCGCCCGCGGAGUCUAAGGGGAUGUUCGAGAACGAGUCCGACGCCGAGGAGGGGGCGGCGGUGCUUGUCGCGGCCGGCCAGGCGCUGCAGGCCCUGUGCCAGGAGCUGAACCUGGACGAGGGGAGCGCCGCCGAAGCCCUGGACGACUUCAUCACCAUCAGAGGCAACUACAGCCUAGAGGGAGAAGUUAUGCACUGGUUGGCAUGUUCGUUAUAUGUUGCAUGCCGCAAAAGCAUUAUUCCUACUGUUGGGAAAGGUGUCAUGGAAGGAAACUGUGUUUCACUUACCAGAAUAUUACGUUCAGCUAAAUUAAGUUUAAUACAGUUUUUUAGUAAAAUGAAGAAAUGGAUCGACAUGUUAAAUCUGCCACAAGAAUUCCGUGAACGUAUAGGAAGGCUAGAGAGAAAUUUUGAAGUGUCUACAGUCAUUUUCAAAAAAUUUGAGCCAAUUUUUUUAGAUAUUUUUCAAAAUCCAACUGAAGAGCCACCGAAGUUACCACGAAGCAGGAAACAGAGGAGGAUCCCUUGUAGUGUUAAAGAUCUCUUUAAUUUCUGUUGGACACUCUUUGUUUACACCAAGGGUAAUUUUCGUAUGAUUGGUGAUGAUUUGGUAAACUCUUACCAUUUGCUUCUGUGCUGCCUGGAUUUGAUUUUUGCCAAUGCCAUUAUGUGCCCAAACAGACGGGACUUGCUAAAUCCAUCCUUUAAAGGUUUGCCGUCUGAGUUCCAUGCCGCUGACUUUGAGGCCCCCAAGGAGCCCCCCUGCAUCAUCGCUGCCCUGUGUGACCUGCACGAUGGGCUUCUGGUGGAAGCAAAAGGCAUAAAGGAGCACUACUUCAAGCCGUAUAUUUCAAAGCUCUUUGAUAGGAAGAUUUUAAAGGGAGAAUGUCUACUGGACCUUUGCAGUUUUAGUGAUAAUAGCAAAGCCAUUAACAAAGAAUAUGAAGAGUAUGUUCUAACUGUUGGUGAUUUUGAUGAGAGGAUCUUUCUGGGAGCAGAUGCAGAUGAAGAAAUUGGAACGCCUCGGAAGUUUCCUGGUGACACCCCAUUAGGGAAACCGAGCACGCAGGCUAAUGUGGAGUGUCAUCUUCAGCAACACUUUGAAAAAAACAGAUCAUUUGCACCUUCUACUCCACUGACAGGACGACGGUACUUACGAGAAAAAGAACCUGUCAUUACUCCUGUUGCUUCUGCGACCCAAAGCGUGAGCCGCUUGCAGAACAUUGUAGCUGGACUCAAGAACGCACCAAGUGAACAACUCACAAAUAUUUUUGUAUCUUGUAUGCGUAAUCCUAUGGAAAACAUUACAAAAACAGUAAAAGGCAUAGGAGAGACUUUCUGCCAACACUAUACCCAGUCAACAGAUGAACAGCCAGGAUCUCACAUAGACUUUGCUAUAAACAGGCUUAAGCUGGCAGAAAUUUUAUAUUAUAAAAUAUUAGAAACCAUAAUGAUUCAGGAAACACGAAGACUUCAUGGAAUGGACAUGUCAGUUCUUCUAGAGCAGGAUAUAUUUCAUCGUUCCUUGAUGGCUUGCUGUUUGGAAAUAGUGCUGUUUGCCUAUAGCUCGCCUCGUAUGUUUCCUUGGAUUAUCGAAGUUCUCAAUUUGCAACCAUUUUACUUUUACAAGGUUAUCGAGGUGGUGAUCCGCUCGGAGGACGGGCUCUCAAGGGACAUGGUGAAGCAUCUGAAUAGCAUUGAAGAGCAGAUCUUGGAGAGUUUGGCAUGGGGCCAAAGCUCUGCUCUGUGGGAAGCUCUCAAAGCUUCUGCAAACAGAGUUCCCACCUGUGAAGAAGUUAUAUUCCCAAACAACUUUGAAACAGGAAAUUGUGGAAAUGUUCAGGGACAUCUUCCCAUGAUGCCAGUGUCUCCUAUAAUUCAUCCAAGAGUCAAGGAAGUUCGGACUGACAGUGGGAGCCUUCGAAAGGAUAUGCAACCAUUGUCUCCGAUUUCUGUUCAUGAACGCUACAGUUCUCCUGCUGCUGGGAGUGCUAAGAGAAGACUAUUUGGAGACGAUUCGCCAAAAGAAAUCAUUAUGGACAAGAUCAUAACAGAAGGAACCAAACUGAAAAUUGCUCCCUCUUCAAGCAUUACUGCUGAAAACAUAUCUAUUUCCCCUGGGCAGUCUCUUCUAACAAUGGCCACAGCCACAGUAACAGGCACAAAAGGACACAGAGUUACAAUUCCAUUGCAUGGUGUUGCAAAUGAUGCGGGCGAGAUCACACUGGUACCUAUUUCCAUGAACACAGCCCAGGAGUCUACAGUUGAGAGUCCUGCUUCACUUACUGCUCAGUCGUUGAUUGGUACUUCCCCAAAACAGAGCCAUCUGACAAAGUCACAGGAAGUGCCUGUCGUGGGAACGGGCAAGCCAAAGCGCACCGGGUCUUUAGCCCUAUUUUAUAGAAAGGUCUAUCAUUUGGCAAGUGUACGCUUACGUGAUUUAUGCUUAAAGCUGGAUGUUUCAAAUGAAUUACGAAGGAAGAUAUGGACGUGUUUUGAAUUCACUUUAGUUCACUGCCCUGAUCUAAUGAGAGACAGGCAUUUGGAUCAGCUCCUCCUCUGCGCUUUCUACAUCAUGGCAAAGGUAACAAAAGAAGAAAGAACUUUCCAGGAAAUAAUGAAAAGUUACAGGAAUCAGCCCCAAGCUAAUAGUCAUGUUUAUAGAAGUGUUUUGCUGAGACGUAUUCCAAGAGAAGUUCCAACAAACAAUAAAAACAUAAAUGGUGAUUCUGAAAGGGCAGAAGGCGACUUGGAAGAUGCCACAAAAACACCUGACUGUUCCAGUGAACCCGUGAAAGAUGAAAGAGGUGACCUUAUAAAAUUUUACAAUACAGUCUAUGUCGCAAGAGUGAAGUCAUUUGCACUGAAAUACGACCUGUCAAAUCAGGACCAUAUGAUGGAUGCUCCGCCACUCUCUCCUUUUCCUCAUAUUAAGCACCAGCCAGGCUCCCCACGCCGCAUUUCCCAGCAGCACUCCAUUUACGUCUCCCCACACAAGAAUGGGUCAGGCCUCACGCCAAAGAGUGCGCUGCUGUACAGGUUCAACAGCAGUCCUUCCAAGAGUUUGAAAGACAUCAACAACAUGAUAAGGCAAGGUGAACAGAGAACCAAGAAGCGAGCAAUAGCCAUUGACAGCGAGGCAGAGUCCCCUGCCAAACGCCUGUGUCAAGAAAACGACGAUGUUUUACUGAAGCGACUACAGGAUGUUGUCAGUGAAAGAGCCAGUCAUUAGCACCAUGCCUGUGUCUGCUGAGAGCACUUUCAGGUCUGCGAAAAUUCGCACCUCUCUCCUCCAGUCCUUCUGGCCUUCUGGGCUGUAAGAAAAACUGUACCAAGAUUAAGCGCUUUUUUUUUUUUCACAUUUGUCUAAAAUGUAGUUGACAGAAAUGUAUUUUGAGUUUGCAUUAAAUAGGAAUAUCCUAAGAGUCUUUAAAAUAGUAGUCAUAGAGGACC